AUGGCGGAUUCACAUGAGAAUGGCAAGAAAGUCGAAAAGACGGAAAGCAAUGGGACGUCAGACAACAAUUUGGUCAGCAUUCCAGGAGUUCCUUAUGGUGCAGAUAUAUUAAAGAAGAUUCAAGAACUUACAAUGGCUGAAAGCAGUAGCAGGGAUGAUCCUAAGAGUCACAACUACGCUUUCUGGGGUACCCAACCAGUUCCCAAACUAGGUAUUGUCAUUAUGAUCUAAUUUCUAUAAUAAUUUUAAAUUACAAUCUUGUAUGUUUCCUAUAGUAUUUUAUAUUUACUUACAGAUGAGGAUGUAACUGAAAAUACCUAUAUCGAAGCUCCCAUUCCGAAAGACAAACUACGAAAAGAUCCGUACAAUUUGCCUAAAGGGUUUAACUGGUGCAAUGUUGAUCUUACUAACGACGAUGAGUUGACAGAGCUUUACAAGUUGUUGAGUGACAACUAUGUUGAGGAUGACGAGAGCUUGUUCCGCUUCGAUUACAGCAAGGAUUUCUUCAAAUGGUCAGUUCUUAACUUUAUUUUAUUUAUUUAGAGGCUUUAGAGUUUUUUUACUAUGUAAACAGCUUUAAAUUCUUUUUAUUCACUUUAAGCAACCUAUUUUUUGUUUUUUUAGGGCUUUGCUGCCACCCGGUUGGAGACCAGAAUGGCAUUGUGGUGUUCGGGCAGCUACGAACAACAAGCUGUUAGCUUUCAUUGCUGCCGUUCCAUGCAAAAUCAAGGUUCGGGACGCUGUAAUUGACAUGGUAGAGAUCAACUUCCUGUGUGUGCACAAGAAUCUUCGAUCCAAGAGACUAACUCCAGUGUUAGUUAAGGAAAUCACUCGACGGGUCAACUUAACGGGCAUCUUUCAAGCGGCUUAUACUGCUGGUGUUGUGCUACCUAAACCAAUAACUACAUCUAGGUAUUGGCAUCGAUCUCUGAAUCCGAAAAAGUUAAUAGAGUGCAGGUUCUCUUGCCUUGGGCGGAACAUGACUAUGCAACGGACUAUAAAGUACUACAAGUUGAAAGCUGUAAGAGCGCUUUUCGCAUUUUUCAUAAAAUUACGAAUAAUAUGACAAAUUUUAGUGUGAAAAGUUUAGUGACACAACUAAAAAUUAAAUUGUAGUAAAUUACUGUUUGUAGGACCCUGUCCAUAAUGUCGUGAAACUUGAGAAGAGACAUCUGAAAAGCGCGUACGAGCUGGUAAAAACAUAUCUCAGCAAGUUCCAACUUCAUCCAGAGUUCAGUAAGAAGGAAUUUGAUCACUACUUCUUGCCCAGAGAUCAAGUAAUCUAUUCGUAUGUGAUUGAAAAGGACAAUGUGGUAACGGACCUAAUCUCAUUCUACUCUCUGCCAUCUACUGUCGUCAAUAACCCUCAGCACAAGAAGAUCGUCGCUGCUUACUCGUUUUACAAUGUAGCUACCUCUGUGCCAUUAACUGAACUCAUGAACGAUGCUCUGAUCUGGGCUCAUAAGGUAAUUUACAUAAAGCAUCUUGUCAUAUAAAAAAGUUAUUUUUAUUGAUAUGGCUUUUUGACUAGAAUGACUUUAAUUUUGACAUUUCAGGAAGGUUUUGACGUCUACAAUUCUUUGGAUUUGAUGGAGAACAAAACAUUCUUGUCAGACCUUAAGUUUGGCAUCGGAGACGGUAACCUACAGUAUUAUUUGUACAAUUGGAAGUCACCAGAAAUGACCCCAGAAGAAGUCGGCCUUGUUUUACAAUAA